UUGUGGAUGAAAGAAUCACACAAAGACAUACUUUCGAAACACGAUGAUGAUAGCAGUACAAAUAAUAGCCCUUUACUAAAUCGACGCCGUUCUGUCAUGCAAUGGCCUGUCCCACCUCCUCAACCUGCAGCUGUAGCAGCAACUACUCGUUUUUGCCAAAACAAGCGAUGGAUGAUGGGGCGCCAAUUAAGUGGAAAUUUUUGA